CAACCACACUUCUUCAUCUCCCUAUCUUCCAAUGCUUAUAUAAUCCUUGCCCAAAUAAGAUCCCCUCAAGGUUAUCGGAUGGCCUAGAAAGGCAUACACUGCAAGUACUCUCGUAUACAGCCCCUACGAACACACGCUUACAAACAUGUCAACAACACCCAGUUCACCACAUUCUCCCCCGUCUGCUCGGAUCCGAAUCCAUCAAUCACCCGUCUCUGCAUCCAUCUCCACUCGAAAUUCCAUUAUCCAUUCUUCAGCCAAAGGCUGGUCGCCUCUUCAAAUCAACAAGGGCGAUUAUCGAUCAGGCCUUUCUCUCUCCCCUUCCCCAGAGCCUAGUACUCAGUCAGGGCCUCGAAGAACGUCUAACUCUUUCAAAGUCGUUACUUCAAAUAGUCUUGUCUCCAAUUCACCAUUCAAAAGCCCGCAAGCUGGAGGGAACGGGGAAAAUGAUCAGGUGAUCCAUGAGAGGCGAACUACGAGACGGUUGGGAGAGGUAGCGCCAAGCGCGAGAGGCGUUGGAUCGACGCCAAAGACGGCGAUUGGUCUUGGAAUAUCUGCUAAGAGGAGCGGAAGCCGAUCACCCAGUGGGGGUGCGGCUGUCAACGGUCAACGUAAAGUCUCCGGUGAACGUCCACGAGUUGCUUUUCCUGUGUCGAAUGGCGAACGUCGAUCGUCUGGCGAGCGCGAUGUUUCCGGGAGCAAGGAGAAUGAGAGUCCAGAUGUCAGAUACGGCAAGAGGCUGCCAAGGGCUAGCAUGGGUCUCAAGGGACUCGUUGAAGGGAGCUAUGUCAGCAAGUCGCCUUUUAAAAAGUCACCUAGCGGCUUGUCCGCUGCUUCUGACAACCAGGCAGACGAAACUGCUUCUGCGGCUCCUGGAGCGGUUCCCGUCGAGAUAGACGAUGUCUUUUCGUCGCCUUCUCCAAGGAGAGUUUCAGGUGGCAAACAACGUCGCGCUUCCCCUGGUACUCUCGGUUCCAUGGCUCACCGAUCGCCCUCAUCUUCCUCUCCUCGCUCCGUGGCUUCAAAUGUCUUCCUCGCGCCCCCAUCUAAUGGACCUUCUCCUCUUCGCGAGCAGCUUUCUGCAUCUUACCCUGUCGAUUUUGAGCCCAUGCCUACUCCUACAGCGCACAAGUCUGCCUUGACACCUUCUCGUCGUUUGCGCGGGCCUCGUCGUGCAUCUCAAGGCUACGACAGUCCUUCGAAGAAGACGGUCACAUUCCAACCUACCCCCGACGUCAAGGAGUAUGAAAUUCUUAGCGCUGAACCUAGUGCCGAUGGAAGUUUCGACGUAGAGAUGGAGGAUGAGGCGGAUUGGGAGGAUGAGCGCCAGAAUAGCUUGGAUGAUCUACUCAUUGAGGGGGAGAACAUGUCUCCAAAUGAAGAAAUCGAACAAGAGUCGCAUGACGAUCAUGGCGCCCAGCAUAACGAGUCUACCACUGCCGACUUUAUGGACACACUUGUGCAAGAAGGUCUGUUUUCUCCUCCCGAGAUGGACACUCCAGCAUUCCAAGAUCAAGCGGCGUUUGAAAUUCCUCUCGAGACCUCUUUCACCGAGGCUGAGAAUGAGUCUGAUAAACCGUACUUAGCUACACCAAGUCUUGGUGACUCGGUUCAUGCCUCGCCACUGUUUGAGAACCACGACGUCUUUAGCGAGACUGAUUCAGCUGGAAUUCCUUUUGGCCGCACGCACCAUGCUGAGCGAGCUGCCGAGGCGCACAAGACGGCUUUACAUAUUCCUAUUGAGCAACCUAGCCUCCCGCACGCUCAAGAGCAUCGUAUGCUUUUCAAUGCCAAUGCAGCUCAGCCAUCAAUCCUUCCUCCCAUCACCCCUACCUCUCCUUCAUUCUAUCAUGACUAUAACGAUCCUUUCGCGUCAGUUACACCUUCCCUACCCUCUCGCGCCCCGGAACCAAAGCGUCAGCAAGGGCCAGAACCUCACGCACACCAAUCUGGUCCCUUGCCUGAUCCAUUUAUCACUCUCCAAACGGCAACCAAAACCAUUCUGCCUUCUUCCGAAGAAUCUAAGAACCGAGAAGAGGACGGUGUGCCAUUGGGAAGGACAAGUCAUAAAGAUAGAGUUCUGGCUGCAAGGAUAUUGGCAACUAGAGAACUGGGUUUGGGUAUGCCUGGCAGGCCGAACAGAUCUCUCCCGACUUCGUCCGCUCCCACUUCUCCUUUGCCAGAGUCUGAGCCAGUGUUUGAAUGGAGAGAAGAAGAAGUGGUAGAAGAGAAGCCCAUCAGGAAGUUGCCAAAGGUUCCUCCUCCUGCGCCGAUGCCUGUUGAAGUGCCGAGUCCUGUGAUGAGCCCUCAGAAAGAGACUGAAGAGGGCAAAUUGGCUGUUGGUGGAUUCAGUCUGCCAGAUAUUGAUAAGACCUCCCCCUUCUUCAACUCUGCGUCCACUUUUGAACAGGCUGUUCAGCCUGUCGAAGAACGAGCCACAUCAUCAUCUGUCUCUAGUAGUGACUCCAAAUCCGAGUCUCUAGCUGACGACGUUGACCGUCCUCUCACACCGCCUACUCUUCCUUCCGCUCUUGAAGCGACCAAACCAGAAAGCCCGCACAGGUUGCCAGAGCUCAACUUCAACUUUGAAACCAUCAACUUUGACUCUGCUGAUGAUAAAGGCGAAAAGGUUGUCAAAUCUGAAUCCAUUCCCUUGAGAUUGAGCUCUGUCGAGCAGAAGAAGGUGACGACGCCUAUUGAAGUGGAAAGAGCGACCAAAGAAGACAUUCCGAAGAUCGCCUCGAACUCUGCAAGCGACUUUUCACCUUCUCCCUUGAAAUCCCAUUCUCAAGAAAAGAAGACGACGCAUGAUUCGACCACAAAUCGUAUUCGUCAACGCAUUUCACGCGAAAUGAUUCGCGAGACGAUUCAACAGCGUAUUGCUGAUGGCAGCCUUAGCCGCCGCCCAGCUAGUAUGGACAUGGAUAGCUUGUCAAAAAGCUUUUCAAGGACGAGUCUGAAUGAUUUCGAAAUGAAGAGAAAUAGGAGAGUGUCAAUGGAUAAGGACCUGCCGUCACCACCUGCAGAGUCGCCUGCUAUGGUUUCGAGUGCACCCUCGACUCCUAGCAAGCCCAGACCCAAGUCUGAAAUUCUCGGCCGCGUUACUUGUCGUCAAUCUCAAUCCCAUUCUGCCGAACGACCCGGUAUGCGACCCCGAAGCCAGACCCAGUCCGCCCAUGAGGUUUUCAAGCAGUCUGAACGUGAAGGUGGUGAAGCCAAAUCUGCUUUGGACAAGAUUGUUGCUCUUGUGCGGCGGGAUGCUGGUGAAAACAAGGAGGGAGAAGAGAAGAUGGAGAGAGAUGUAAGUGGGACAAUUGCUGCUGCGAUGUCUCGUGUACCCACUCCCGGAAAGGACAUAGACAAGCCUGCUGGUAUCUUGAAAAAUCCCAAUGGAUUACUUGACGUAAACUCCAAGGCAGAGGAGUCUGAAAUUGGUCCUGGAUCGCCGGUAUCCAAAAGACGAGUUAGCAACAAUGUCCGUCCGAUUUCGGAAACGUCUAUCUCCCCUCGGUCCAGCUUAAGCGGUACACAAUCCUCGAAAGACGGACCUACGGCACGAGAGCAAGCAAUCAUUGCCAAACGUCGCCAGGAUAGGGAUCGCCAGGUUAGCAUAGCGAGUGCGGUCAGCGCAAUUAGUGCAAGCUCGAGAAAGAGUAGGAGAAGUCUGAGUACGGGAGAUGUCAAUGCGGAAAUCAGUCAGGCGAAGAGCCAUAGGCAUACCAUGAUGGGCCCUCCUAAUGCUGGGAACAAUGGGACUCCAUCAGGAGUAGCAGCGAGGAGGGGUACCAGAGGGAACCCGAGGCUAACGUUAGGGAUUGAUGACGAAGAGAGGUCGAUCCUUGAUGCCUUCAGAGAAGAGGUUGACAAUAUUGGAUCAGAGCGAGGGUAUAAGGUUCGAGAGCGACCUGUUGUACGGGCUUCGUACAACGGCAAGGUACCGCAUAGUAAUGCCGGUAACCUUGAAGUUGGUAAAGCCUGGAAAGCCCUCAGACGACCAUCCGAUCUUCACGAGCACGCGGCAGCUAUCAAGGCAAUGCGAGAGCGUGAAGCCGAUCUGGGAAAGGCAACCGGUACCAUCUUUGUCAAAGUACUUGGUAUUGAGGGUGUCCAGUUUCCCAUCCCGCAAGAACAAACGCACUUUUGUAUUACUCUGGAUAAUGGGAUUGACUACAUUAAGACGCCUUAUUCCGUGCUGAAAGAAGGUGCGAGGGUGAAUCAAGAGUUCAGUUUAGUGGAACACCCCAACUUUGAGUUUUCCCUUUCCAUCGAUAUCCGUCGCGAUCCUCACAUCCUGAAGCUCAUCCAUGAGAAAAACAACCCACCACAGCCGACUGUUACGGCUUCACCGGCCAAACACCAUGGUGGUCACUUACGUGCGCUUUUCGGAUCUCCUCGUAAACCCAAAGGUCCUGUACCGAAAGGCGCUGUGCCCAAGAAAGACGUGAGACCCGCCAUUCCGGUUUCUACGCCCACAGUCGCGAAAAAAGAGACCAUUGCCAACUAUCUUCUCGACUCAACAAAUGGCACGAUUGCAAAGACGCAUAUCCAGUUCAAGACUAUUGCCAAGAAUUGUGAAGCCCGCGUGCUUGAGAUUCGUUACCCGAUGUUUGCAAUGUUUAAGGGCGAUGCUAGUAAUGUUGGCUCAUUAGGAGCAAGUGGAUCAGGUAGCAGCAAAGAAGGUGAAAGUGCGAGGAAAGCAUUAGCAAAGAUUACGUUGCAAGUGUUCAGGUUGCCACCUAUUCCUGGUCUGAACGCGGACGAGUUGCCACAGUGUAUUGAUGACUGUCUGAGAGGUUUGAGGCACCAUGCUUGGCAUGAGCAUGACUACUACGAUGGAGUGUUGACCCAAGAUGGUGGGGAUUUGAACAACCCUAAAAGACGUUUAUUCAAGAUCAUCGGUGGUAACCUCGUAGCAAUCAACGAAGUUACCAAGAAAAAAGUAGCCAUGAUUGACCUCCGUCAAGCAAUAUCCAUCAUAGAUCUCAACGAGGAUCAGCCGGGUACGCCGAAGUCAAAGAUGACAAUGCGCCCGAGGGAUUCGGAUGAAGGUUUUGGUCAGAGACCAAGGAGCUUCAUGAUUGAAUUUAAAGAUGGGGAAGGGAUCACGUUUAUGGCUGAUACGGAUACUGCCAAGGCGGGAUGGAUGGAAGUGCUUCAAGGUCUUGUGGGCAAGAUCCCUUCAAAUCCGCUUUGGGCAGAGCUUCUUACUUUGCGUAUGCGCGAAAAGGCUGCAAAGCGGUCAGCUUCCAGCGGUAGUCUGGCAAAAGAGGGGAGAAAGGUAUCUGUUAAACGUCCCUCUGCGGCUGGGAAACGUUAGCUGAAUGGAUAAAGUGCGAGUGAGACGUGGAGGGAACAGUCGAAGGGUCCUAAAUGGACGAUUGUCGGAUCUUCUUUUUUGUGUACAUAUAUUUUCGAUUUCCUAAUUCUAUAUCGACCUCCUCGAAAUUGUCUUUUUCUCUCUAUUCUCCUUCAUAUCCCACCCGUGCUUGAUAUCUUUUCUGAGUGUCUAGUAGUGCUUGUUCAGAUGUUGUGUAUAGGGAUUGACCGUUCUUCUUGCGAUGGAUGCAAAUGCGUGGC